UAGAUGGCAUUAAUAGAUAGUUGUACACCGAUGCGAGCAGCUGGUUGCAUGCAAUUCAAAUUUCACAAUGCGUUACUGCGCGGUUGUGCUGCAGCUCCUCUCCUCCCGCCCGCCUGCCUGCUGCCGGUGUCGGGUCGCCGGCAGCUCGGCUCCGCUCCUCUGCAGGGCUGCGCAGCUCCUGACUGACAGAGAGAUGAGGGGUGGGGACGCAGGGUGGGGUCACAAGCAGGGAGAGGCGGAGGAGGAAAAGGCAGAGAGAGAGCCCAGCCCUUGAAUACACGGCAACAACACGCCGUCACAGAGAGAGGGAGAGACACAGAGAGACUCGCUGUAUUUUGGGGGAGCAAAGGGAGCCUUCGACGCUGCGGAUAUGAACUGAAAAAAAAAACACUGGAUAAGGCAGGGUUCGUGUUCCUAUAUCCCGAAUAUUCACUGUAAAGGUGGAAAACUAGCCCCCCCUCAAACCCCACUAUCUCCCCACCCGUUCUUAUUCAGAUAGAGCUACCCAAAGCCCCGACCGAACCCCUCCUGCUCCUGCUGCUCCACCCCUCCGCCGCUGCACCGCUCCGGCAACCGAGAUGCACACGGAGACCCGUAACAAGAAAGACAGUUUAAGACAGGAAAAUGGGAGGAGGGAAAGGAGGAAUGACCUGCAGCAAAGGGCUGCAGGUUGGAACAAACCUGCGGCUGCUGCGACGAGGACUGAGCCACUGUACAUGGGGCACAAGCUCAACCAGUGCCAGUCGACUCCUAAGCAGAAGAAGAGUGCUGUCGGCGCCCUGAAGAAGCAGAGGAGCCCGGCCAAGCAGAGCGCCCCGACCCAACAGCAUCAACCGCCACCAUCGUCAUCAUCGGCACCACAGCCGGCAGACCGGGACGAGGAAGAGAAGGAGGAGGAGGAGCCGGUGACCAGGCCUCGGCCACCGCAGGAGGAGGAAGAGGAGGAAGCAGGCAAAGAGGAGCGAGAGGAAGUGGCGACACAGUCUGUGAAGAAGAAGGAGGAGGAGGAGGAGAAAAAGGAGGGCGAGACAGUCAUGCCCUCUGUACAGAUCAAACCAGAGCCGGAGGAGAUGGAGUGCACGGCGGAUGUAGGUGACGACUGCUCACAGCCAACAGACCUGAAGGUGAAGACGGAGCCAGUUUGCAAGACGGAGCCCUCUUCGCCCCAGCCGUGCCGCGCUGAGGACCAGACCGAACCCGUGGACCUGUCCCUCAACAAGCCCCGCUCCUCUACACUCCCUGCUUCUACGACAAGCAUCACAGUCAACCCUGCACCCAGCGGUGCCAUGACCCAACCCCACCUCUCAGCUACACCCGUCCCCACUUCAGUACAGUCGAUAGGCUCCAUGGUCCUCUCUCCAGGCUCCAUCCUGGCCACUCAGGGCGCCGGGGGCCAGCAGAUCCUCCACGUCAUCCAUACAAUCCCCUCGGUCACCAUGCCCAGCAAAGUGGGCCAGCUCCAGACCAUCCCUGUGGUGGUGCAGUCGCUGCCUGUUGUCUACACCACCAUGUCUACUGACGGCGUUGCCACAGCAGCCAUUACAGUGCCGCUCAUAGGCAGCGAUGGGCGCUCAGAAGGAUCUGUUCGUAUUAAGCCAGGUUCGACGUCUCCAGUGGAGUAUCAGAGUGACAGCGAUGCAGAGAGUGGUACAGAGUCUGGAUCGGCCUCCCUCAGUGCCCAGAGCCUCGACGCCGGGUCGGUUAUGGACUUAGAGCCCAUCGAUCCAGAUUCGCCGGACAUCAAGAGGAGGCGGAUCCACAUGUGUGACUAUGAAGGCUGUAAAAAAGUUUACACCAAGAGUUCCCACCUCAAAGCCCACAGGAGGAUACACACAGGAGAGAAGCCCUACCACUGUACCUGGGAGGGCUGCACCUGGCGCUUCGCCCGCUCCGAUGAGCUGACUCGACAUUUCCGCAAGCACACCGGAAUCAAACCUUUCCGCUGCACCGAGUGCGACCGCUCCUUUUCCCGGUCCGACCACCUGUCCCUGCACCGCCGCCGCCACGUCAUGAUGUGAACUCUGACCUCCCCCUCCCCCCCAGCUCCCUAUCAAACUCCCCUACCUACAUACCAACCUCUUACCCCUUGACAAAGUCCCUCACAGCACAUCUUGUACCAGUGCCCCCUCACCCCACAUAAACCUCACCUCUGCUUCCCCCCACAAAAGGAUUUUAAUCAGCAGAUUAAAAAAGACACUGUAUCUCCUUUCUCCUCCUCCUCUUUAUCUUGAAAUCACAGGAAUGCACAUUUUUGUAUGUGUGCAAAGUGGAGGUUAGGGGAUUUUUAAUGUGUGUUUCAACACAUCAUCAUCAUCAUCAUCAUCAUCAUCAUCCUCAUCAUAGUCAUCAUCGUCAUCAUCAUCAUCAUCAUCAUCAUCAUCACUGUCCACCCAACAGUCCCCUCCUUACCAUCCUCCAACUCAACUUCACUUGUCACACAAGACAUCACUUCCUCAGACAGAGAAGGACGGACUGAAAGUCGUCUAACAGCAUCCAUCUAUCCAUCCAUACAUCUAUCCAUCCAUCUGUCCAUCCAUCACACACAUCCAUCCAAAAGAGAGGAGGAUGAGGUGGGGGCAAUGUCUGUUUGGUUUUGUUUAAAACCAGAAGGGGAAAUUUCAAGCGGGAUGUCACUUCAGCUGCCCUAUUAAUAUUCGUUCUGUACGCAUGCAGAGUUGGGAAGUUAUGUGACUCCAAGCACAUAUUUUUGGAGGUAAAGGUAAUUCCCCCAAAAUACCUCAAACGGUCCCUUCUCACCACAGGAACCUUUUCAGGAACCCUUUUAGGAUCUGAAAACCCAUUACCUGUAUUUGUAACCAUUUUAACUUGAGGAACUAACAAAAUGAUUGCUCUAAAUAAGGAACUAUCGAAUCAAAGAAUAACAGUGUGACACUUGGUUGGUGCUAGGGACACAUUUCGCUUCGUACCCAAAAGCAUAAAAGAAAAUGAUAUUCCGAGCUCUAAUCCUCGGUCCUGCUCUUGGGCCAAAACUAUCUGGGUGGGACAGUAAUAAAUAACAUCCCAGACCCGCAACAAACACAAUUAUUCUUUUUUUUUUUUUUCUUCACAUGCAUAUUUGUGUCUCAAACACAGACAUAAUUGGACUUAUACUAGACAGAAUCGUCAGACGUUUUUUAGAUGCAUUGGAAAUGUGCAAAAGAUACUCUUAGUCCCUGGUACUGCUUUUUAAAAAAAGGUUUAAAACAACCAAAACUCUUUGAUUGUAUCAAUUUGUCAUCAGAACUUUUGGAUACAUGAUUUACUAUAAUUGGAUGGAUCUUGAAAGUAAAGGCUUCCCAUCCUUGUGCGUAUCAGUGUAUGAGUUAGUGUAUGUGCGUGUAAUGAGCUUUUUGACAGCAGCUGAAGUGACGUCAAACAGAAAUCUUCUCUUUGGCAAACAUCUGAAUGAGGCUAGGAUAUAAAAGUAGAUUCUUUAUCUUGUCCAGACUCCCCACCGCCAUCACCCUGCACCCUCUACCCCACCCCUAUCCCCUGGUACAGGGAGCUACAAGACUGUGAACCUUUUAAAAAAGAUUAAUUUGUUUUCAUUGUAUCAAUCACAUUAUUGUUACAUGCGUGUUCUCCCCCCAAGCACACACCUUCCUGAUUGUCCUUCGAUAACAGUAUUUGCUUUUUAUGCGUUGUUGUUGCUAUUGUCUUAUGAAAUAUGCCUUCUGUCUCUUUAUUCUUUACCAGGGAUGGCACUCUUAACAGAAUGGCAUCCUUUAAAAAAAAUCGGAUUCUUUUAUUGUUUUCUGAGGCUGUGAAAAAUUCAGAGGAGACACAAAUAGUUUGAGAUUACAAGUAAAACUCUUGUGCAGGGAAUAGGGGAGCUUUUCUUUGUGUGUGUGUGUGUUUGUGUGUGUAUGUAUGUGUGUGUGUGUGUGUUUUGUGUGCAUUGCUUGUGUGUGUUUUGUGUGCAUUGCUUGUGUGUGUGUGUGUGUGUGUGUGUGUGUGUGUGUGUGUGUGUGUGUGUGUGUGUGUAUGUUUUGAGACAAACACAUAAUCAGAAUUUAAGAUUUUUACGAGUGUGUGUUCCGGGCACUUGAUGUUCUUUUACCUCUUGCCCGUUGAGCCUUAAUAACUGAAGUCAAUCUGUAAGGGCAAAACCAGAACCACUGACAGAGGACGUUUGGCCAAAGAUGAACUGUGUGUCUAUUCUAUAAGGUUUGCAGGCUUCUACUCACCAUUUUACAUUGUGUACAACAGUAAGGCAGGAAAUCUGCUGGAUUACUUUGGCACAACACGAAGAGGGCGCUCCAGAGCAAGCAGAUUUAAGUCUUUUUGAAUGUUUGAUAAUAGCAGAGGAGAAAAAUAAAGUUUAGGGAUAAUUAAGGAUUCACAUUAAGCUGACUAUUGAAAAAGUGAUCCCAUUAUUCAGAAGUUGUCACAGGGACAGCCUUAUUUGUGUAAACCACAAAUAUGUUGACACUUUUGAACAAAACAAUACUUUUCUGGCUUUGCAACAGCAGAGAGCACCGUGAACACUCAACAAUGUAAACACCCUUUGCACUGGUUUCAUGACCUUACAACACACUGAAAGUCACAGUGGCCGGGCUGUCUGUCAGUGGUUCUGUGAGAAACCAGGCACUGUGUCGGGCUGUCAGGGUCUGUAGAGCCUGCGAUUUAAACCACGGGGAAACUAAGCGCUCUGCUCACUAGCAUUUCUAUCAGGGCGGGGGUCAAUUCUCUUUCAACUGAGUUUGUAUUGCAUUUUGACAGAACUUAAUUGAAUGCCUCAAAAUACGGACUCACUAUAAAUAACAGAUAAUUUGUAUCCCUGACAUAAUUCCCCUAAUAUCUAGCUUGUUGGGAGUCCUCUCCAUAUCCAAUCAACACAUUUUUCAAAGUAUUUAUUCUUUAUCAGAUUCAGACAGUUGGAACAGAAUUGAACCCCUAACCCUACCCUCUAACCCACAGUGUCCAUGUCUUAAGUGGGCUGUUUUCCAGCUCCUAUUCUGGGCUGAACUUGAUUAUGCAACAUAACGCAGACCUCACUCCAAACACUCUUCUGAACUCAAUAGUAGAGCAAGGGGUAAUCCCUAUGUUCCCACGGUCCUCAUUGUAAGAAGUUGGUAAGGGCUAUCUCCACAGAGAUGUUUGAAAUGCAGUUUGAAUGGUAAAAAUCUUUCCAGCCACUGUGGAGAUAUUGAUGUUCAAGAAAACAGUCUGUCUGCAAAUUUAAGGGCGUAGGUUUCAAGGAGUAUAACGUCAGUAGGCUACAAGCUGUGUGUGAUUUCACCAUAACUGACCCAGGGAAACAUACGUUGAACAUUUGACCUACGGGAAAAAGAGCAUUUCUGAGAACAUAGAACCCUGGGAACAUAGAUAUGCCCCUGUACAGCACUAGCUGGUUGUUGUACUGCUGAUAUGCUGGUCACAUGGGUUGUAACAGGAACCUUAAAAAGAAGGGCCGGAUGCGUAGAAGCCUGUGCCGUUGAUCACUUAACAAAGCCGCCUCUGAAAUCACUUUUAGAAUAUACGGCGAGAGUUGUGACUGUGCACUGACAAACACAGACAUGAACUCAAACGUGUGUAGCCAUGUCUUAAUCAAGGGGCUGAGUGUGAACGUGAUCAAUGGAACACGCUGUUCACAAUCCCAAUGUGUCCCUUUACAAACAAAAAGGCAAAAACACAUUUGACAUUUAUCUUGUCAGUCAUUCAGAAUUACUGUUGUUGUCAUUUCAAAAGCUAGUAAGCGAGAGCAAAAGGUUAUUAACCUAUUCACAUUAUGAUAACUGAGAUGGACGUGCAGGCUUCCUGUGAGCUAAGUGCAUGCCAUAAACAGGGAAAACUGUUGUUUGGUCUGUACACUGCAAAAAAAAAAAGAAUUGUCUUGCAAAGUCACUGAAUCUGAUUUUGAUUUUGAAAAGAAAAAUGAAAAGAACAAACUAAUUUUAACUUUUGUUUCUCCAUUAUUAAGAAUCUGAACUAAAUUCAGUCACUUUUUGGAAGGAUAUUGUCCUUUUUUUUGCAGUGCAGAGCAAUACAAUGUUCCAAUUUCUCUUAACAUCUCCCUCUGCUUCAACUAAAAAAAUUCCAACAUAGUUACUAAGCACAUCUUUCUAGAAGAGUAUAUGCAUUUGAUUGCAAAUUUCUUUCUUUUGUAAACUGUUGAUAAAGACAUUAAGGACAAUGACAAAUAAUAAAGAUAAAUCCAUGUACAUAAAUGUAUAUAAUCAAAAAGUGCAGAGUAAAUGUAACGGGUGAAUAUCUAUUUUUAACACUGACUAGAUAAUGUGAAAAAAAAUCUUUUUCUUUCUUCUUCUUCUGUUGGUUUGAUGACAUGUGUUGUUUCUUUUCAAAUCUAAUAAGACAUUUGUUUCGUAGUUUCUUUAAAAAAAAGAAUUGGUCCCCCUUGUGUUGUGCACUCUUGUUGCAUGGAGAGUAGCCUUCUUGUUUUCUUAUAGUGACGUUGGUGAGCAUGUCAGUGUGUGUGAGACUGUGGGGCCCCCUUAACAUUGAUCAUCUGAGGAAAACAGAAACCCCACAUUGACAAUUAUUAAUUAAGGAUCCUUUUAUUAUUAUAACACAGCUUGAUAUUUCUGCACUGGACCUCAUAUAAAAUAUCAACAAAAACAGUCAGUGAUGUGUGAGAUUUAGUUGGUUUGGGUCUCAAGCUUUAGAAAAAGUUUAGGUCAGACGGGGCUAAAAAAAAUAUCAAUGUUUUUUGUUAUUUUGGAUCAGAUUGGAUUAGUCUGUUUUACACUCUCCAGACUCAUAGCAGCUCAAAUAUGUUGACAUGUAACAAAAGUAGUAACAUAUCCAACCUGGUAUACAACUUGUUCUAUUACAAGAAACAGGCAGCAACCAGUUUCCACAGUCAAAAUAUGCUAAUGAAUUUUCUCCCAUUUGACAUUCAAACAUUGAAGGAAUCAAGUUUUGACACAAUAUGUUCUAAAUGUUUGUAUUUCAUUAAAUGGAUCCCUCGUUCCUUAUUCCUAGGGAGAUUUUCCCCACUUAGCACAUGAGUGUGUGUCAUUAUGCACAUGAAAAAUGAUAAUGGCCCAUCGCUUUACAAGCACACUCAUCAGCUCUGGUGACCAUUAUAGCAGGAACAUUGAUAUAUUAUAUACAGAGACAAACACACGCUGAAACCUCCACUGUCACACUGAGGAUAGCAGAUGUCACACCUCAGAGCCUGCUGACGACGACCCAGAUAAAGUCUUUUUGCUGACGGAGUUGUUGGAGGGACACUGAUGCAUGUGUUUGUGUUUUUCCUGCUUCCUGUUGUUUCUUUUGCAGUUUGUGCAAACUUGUUUUCCUUCGAUAUUGUUCUAAAUAUUCUGUUCAUGUAUAAAGCAGGAAUGUUCAUCUGUGAACAGGUAGUGAAACAUUUGAAGAAUUGUAUCCCAAUUGAGAACUAGACGGGAUAGAGUUCACGUCUGAAGGUGACGUCACUGACUGUGUCCGUCUGUGUGCGAGUGCCUCGACUCACUUCCUCUGCAAAUUUUAAGUAUUUUCUAUUGAAUGCAGUAACUUAUGGGCCAGUACUAUAUUUACUCAGUGCAAUGCAGUUAUCCUUAUAAUAAUACAAUUAUUAAUAAUAUUUUUUCUUUCUUUUUUUUGUAUUUGUACAGAACAAAUGUGUAAAGAUCAGUGAGGAAAACGUGAGCUUUUUGAUACUGUGACUCAUAGUGUUUAAAAGUCAGUUUCUCCCUGUACAGUUGUGAUUAUUUCCCCUUCCCCACUUCUUCUUUUAUAGAAUAAAAAAUGUUUUUGGUGCAAUUUAA